AUGGGAAACUUAAGGUGGAGGUGUAUGUAUAUUGUACAGCUACAGGGUUUUGAGGUUAAAGGGCAGCAAGGCAAGGUGUACGGGUUGAGGAAGGCUCUUUGUGGGCUUAAACAGGCUCCAAGAGCUUGGAACCAGAGGAUUGAUGAGUUCAUGAACAUCUGCCAACACAAUGUCAGACCAGAAAAGCUAAUUGUAUACUUAUAUGUUGAUGACCUAUUAGUCACUGGGAGUUGUGAGGAGCUCAUUUCGAAUUUCAAGACUCAAAUGCUGAAGGAAUUUGAAAUGAGUGAUUUGGGAAGACUCAACUAUUUUCUUGGAAUUGAGUUCAUUGAGAUUAAGUGUGGAAUUGUGAUGUAUCAGUCUAGGUAUGUUUUAGACCUAUUGAAAAGGUUUGAAAUGGUGAAUUGUAAUGCUGCUAACACCCUAGUAGAAGUGGGGUUGGGGCUUGAAAAGGAGUCAGAGGAGGAAGUUGUAGAUUCAACAGCUUACAGAAGAAUGGUUGGGAGCUUAAGAUACCUCUGUAACACUAGACCUAACUUAAGUUAUAGUGUUGGAGUGAUAAGUAGGUACAUGGAAUUCCCUAGAAUAUCACAUUUAAAUGAUGUCAAGUGUAUUCUAAGGUAUUUGCAGGAUACACACUCCUAUGGGAUACUACUGGGAGGAGGUAAGGCUGGAGAAGAAGUUCAAAUCACUUCUUAUUCAGAUGCAGAUUGGUGUGGUGAUAAAGUGGAUAGAAGAAGUAUUGCAGGAAAACAACCAGUGGUUGCUCUAUCAUCAUGCGAGGCAGAAUACAUAGCUGCUUGUGAAGCUACGUGUCAGGCAGCUUGGUUGGGUUCUGUGAUUGAAGGGUUGAAAGUGGAGCUAGCUAAAAGAGUCGGGCUGCUUGUAGACAACAAGUCAACCAUAGAUCUUGCCAAACACCCUACAUCGCAUGGGAGGAGUAAGCAUUUCGAGACCAUGUUCCACCAUAUCAAGCAGCAGGUCAACAAUAGGAAGCUUGAAGUGGUACACUGCAGAUUCAAAGAUCAUCUUGCAAAUAUACUCACAAAAGCUCUUAAAGGUGAAUGCUUUCAAUCACUCAGGAAGAAGAUUGGAGUCGAACGAGCGGAGAUCGAUGAAGAUCACUCUAGAAGAAGGUUGAAAACCUAA